AUGCUGAAGUAUCCCGAUAUCGUGUUUAAAUUGUCUAUCCCUGAACCAGCGGCGGCCAACCUUUCGCCCCUCCAGCAAAAGUUUCAACGUGUCCUGCAACACAACAUUCAACAUGAGGGAAGCUCCAUCUUAUGCUGGGCAGCAGGUCAAAAAAGCGUGUCGCUGAUGGAAACCUUGCUUGAUCAAUACCAUGCCGACGUGAAUGCCGUGCAUGGAGACAAGACACCCCUUAUCAAUGCGGUCAUGAGUGGCUUCCUUGCCGCGGUGGAGCAGGUCUUGUCGCGGAGGGAGCUCGACUUGAAUUACUUCAAUCAGGGACAUAGGGCUUUGUGGUAUAGCACCGCCCAAAAAGACUCAGCAAUUGCCCAGCGGCUGCUUCGCCAACCGGGGAUGGAGAUAAACCGUCCGUUGCAGGCCAAGAACGGGAAAAUCCUGACCAUCUUCAACGAGGCGGUCAUCCGAAACAACACGGCGGUUGUCAAGGUCAUCCUUGCCGACGAACGAACAGACCUGAACAUCGCCGCAGAGAGCAUGCGGACACCACUGCUUUGUGCCACCGAUCGGGGACAUCUGGGGAUUGUCAAACUACUGCUGGGAGACCCGAGGGUUGACCCCGUGUGCCGAGAUGCUCGUGGAUAUAGCGCCCUCCACUACGCGGCAGAGGAUGGAGACGUGCAACUUGUGGACCUCUUCCUCGCUGACGGCCGUAUCGAUGUGGGUGCCCGGAACUAUCACGAGUCAACUGCUCUCCACCUCGUAGCCAAGGCUGGACAUAUAGGAGUGGUAAACCGACUACUGAUGGCAAGCGCAAUCGAUUGUAAUGCGAAGAACAGGAAAGGCCGUACAGCGUUAUGGAAUGCAACUCGCCAGGGUCACGACCAAGUAGCAAGCCGUCUAUUGAUUGACGAAGACUUGGAAGUGAAUUCCACCGCCACCGGCGAGUCCACGGAUCGGUCAACUUCCCUGCAUCAUGCAGUUAAAGCGAGAAAUCUAGCACUGGUCUACCAGCUACUGGCCAAGUCAAGUGCGGACCCGAACGUGCCCGAUGAAGGUGGACGGACACCUCUUUGGUGGGCCGCUGCUGUGGGCGACUUGCUUCUCGUCAUGUCCCUUCAGGACGACCCGCGAACACAACCAGAUAUAAGAGAUCAUAAUGGACUGGACCCGGUGGAUAUCGCCAGAUCUCGCAAUGAUCACGAAGUUGUCCGCCUCCUGACGAACUGUCGUCAUCAUUGCCCUGCGGUUAUAUUCGCCGAAGUGGUGAUGAUUGUGAUACUUAUUCCUAUUUUAUUACUGUUAUCCCUGGCAUCCGUGGUUAGGCGGGCGCUCGCUCGCGUCUGCAUUUUGUGA